CCUGCCAAGGGAGACUGCAUGGAGUGGUGAGGGGUGUGUAUGAGGAAGUAUGGGGUCUGGCUGUUAGUCAGAUAUGCCAGCUGCUGCAGUGGGCUGUCAGCUCCAGAUACCAGUAUGGGCACCUGCUUCUGCGAGGCUGCAGCUGAACUAGUCACACUGCAAACAGCUUCCAGGGAAAAGGUGGCACCCGGAAGCUUGGAGAUGCCAGGAACCGUAGGGCCCCAGAGAGGGAGUAACAGUCCUGGCUCAGAGAGCUCCCAGGUUUGGGCUCCCCAAAGCUCUUCUUCUCUUUGCCCACAGCAUGGUGAGCAAGGAGUCUCAGCCCUGUUUGUGUUACAGCUUUUUUAGCUUCAUUUGGCGGGAUCCGAGUUCUUGAAUGAGGUAUACAGACAAGUAGAAGGUGAGCAAUAAGAAUGAGAUACACAGACAAGUGGAAGGUGAGCAAGAUAAAGAGAAGCUUUACUGAGUGACAGUAGCUUGGAGGCUUUGGAGUGGGUAGCUUCUAUCUGCAGGCAGGUCUUCCUAUUGUCUCUACAGCUCUCAGAAGAGAGGAGGCCCUAGAGUGGGUAGCUCCACUGGUUGUCCCAACCAGUCCCAAUGUCUUCUCAGCUCUGGCUGACCCCAGGGCUUUUAUGGACCUCAGAAAAGAAGAAAUUCGUACCGAUUGGUCCAUGCAUGGCUGUGGGCAUGCCCACAAAAGGUACCACAAGUUCUCACUCUGGUCCAUUGGACUGGCAUCCUGGUCCCCAGCCUUCAAGCUCUCCCUGGCCUGAAGGUGGGGCCUCCCCAGGGACCCAUCCCCUUCUACCCAGAAACCUGUCUGCUUCCUGCCUUUCAUGGUACCCAGGCUGUAGGUGCCAAGCCAAACUAUCCUCAGCUCCCCUCAGCCUCCUUAUUGGGCUUAUUGGUGCCCAAAAUCUGGAGGGGACCAAGGUGGCAGGAGGCUGGUAUGUCAGCAGUGCUCCAACUUUACUCUCAGAUCAGAGCAGGCACUGACAGCAGGAAGAAGAAGCUAAGCAGUGGGCGCCGGCAUUUCCAUGCCUACAAGGGCAAGGGGGGUCUUCCUGGGCCCCAAAGAAUGCAGGGAUGCUUGGGUCUGCAGCCACCAUUUGGGCAGCUGCAGCUGCGCCUGGGAGGAUGGGGCUCCCACCUGCUCCUCUGGUCCCUAAGAGGACAGGGAUGCCUGAGUCUGCAGCCAUGGCUUGGGGAGCUCCAGGGAGCUCCCACCCCAACUUGGAAGGGUUGGGUCUCCCGCUUGUCCCUGGCUCUCUUCUGCUUCAUGGAGCAUGCAUCACUGGCCAUGCCAAGCUGCUGCAGCCAGUAUGAUGGCAGCAGCUGUUCCACAUGGCCUGCUUGUAGUAUUUUGCACAAUAGUCAAGAUAUAGAAACAACCUAAAUGUCCUUCAAUGGAUGAACAGAUAAAGAAAAUAUGAUUAUACACACACAAAUACACAUACAACAGAAUAGUACUCAGCCUUAAUUUACUACAGGCAAAAAGAUAGCUUUUAUCUUUUUGGCAAUAGCCUAAAAGGUGUGAAGUGAUACCUCAUUAACAUGUAGCUAUUGAACACAAUUGAUCUUUUUUUGUCUUUUAAAUUAUUUUGUGAUAAUUUUUCUUUCUUUCUUUUUUUUUUUAAAUUGAGACGGAGUUUUGCUCUUGUUACCCAGCCUGGAGUGCAAUGGCACGAUCUCGGCUCACUGCAACCUCCACCUCCUGGGUUCAGGCAAUUCCCCUGCCUCAGCCUCCCGAGUAGCUGGGAUUACAGGCACGUGCCACCAUGCCCAGCUAAUGUUUUGUAUUUUUAGUAGAGACGGGGUUUCACCAUGUUGACCAGGAUGGUCUCAAUCUCUUGACCUUGUGAUCCACCAGCCUCGGCCUCCCAAAGUGCUGGGAUUACAGGCGUAAGCCACCACGCCCGGCCUAUUUUGUGAUAAUUUUUCUGACAUAAAAAUUAUAUUUAAGGUUUACACUUAAAUUAUUUUUGUGAAACAUUGUGAAAUGACCAUCACAUUCCAACUAAUUAACUUAUCUAUUACCUCUAUAUACUUAACAUUUUAUGCUCUUUGACCAACAUCCUCCAUUUCCCAUUCUUCUCAGUCCCUGGCAACCACCAUCCUACUUUCUGCUUCGAUAGUUUGACUAUGUUAGAUUCCACAUAAAAGGGAGAUCAUGCAGUACUUCUCUUUCUGUGUCUUGCCUAUUUUAUUUAGCAUAACUUCCUCCAGCUUCAUUUUGUUACAAAUGACAAGAUUUUCUUCUUUUUUAAAGCUGAGCAAUAUUCGUGUGUGUGUGUGUGUGUGUGUGUGUGUGUGUGUGUGUGUGUGUGAAUGUUCAUAUUUUCUUUACCUGUUCAUCCAUUGAAGGACAUUUAGGUUGUUUUCAUAUCUUGACUAUUGUGCAAAAUACUACAGUGAACAUGGGAGUGCAAAUAACCUUUACGAUCAUGUAGGAUUGUUUGAUCAUAUGUUCUAUUUAUAAUUUUUUGGGAACUUUCCUCCUUUUCUCAUAAUGGCUGUAUGAAUUUAUAUCCCUAACAGCAGUGUGCAAGGGUUCUCUUUUCUCCACAUUUUUGACAACAUUUAUUAUCUUUUAUUUUUUUGAUAAUAGCCUAAAAGGUGUGAAGUGAUACCUGUUUUUUUCUUUUUUCUUACCUUUCUUUCUUUCUAAAGAAGUGAAGUGAUAUCUCAUUGUGUUUUUGAUCUGCAUUUACCUGAAGAUUACAGAUGUUGAACACAUUUUCAUAUGUUUAUUGGCCAUCUGAAUUUCCUUUUUUGAGAAGUAUCUAUUUUGGUUCUUUGCCUAUGUUUUAAUCCAGUUAUUUAUAUUUUUGGUAUUGAGUUGUAUGAGUUGCUUACGUAUUUUGGAUAUUAACCCCUUAUCAGAUAUAUGGUUUCCAAACAUUAUUUUCCGAUUCUGUGGGUUACCUUUUCCUUUUUUGGAUUAUUUCUUCUGCUAUACAGAAGCUUUUUAGUUUGAUAUAAUCCCACUUGUCUGUUUUUUCUUUCAUUGCCUAUGCUUUUGGUGUCAUAUUGAGAAAAUUGUUGCCAAGACCAAUGUCAAGGUGUUCCCAAUGUUUUCUUCCAGGAAUUUUGCAGUUUCAAGUUUUACGUUUAAGACUUUAAUCUAUUUUGAGUUAAUUGUUGUGUAGUAUGAGAUAGAGAUCAAAUUUCAUUUUUUUGUGUGUCUGUAGAUAUCCAGUUUUUCCAGUACUGUUUAUUGAACGGACUAUUCUUUCCCAAUUGCCUGUUCUUAGCACUGUUGUCAAAGUAAGUUGUUCAGUAAUCAAAUGAGUUUAUUUCUGGGUUCUCUGUUCUGUUCCAUUUUGUCUGUGUCUGUUUUUAUGCUAGCACCAUACUAUUUUGGUGAUAGCUUUGUCAGAUAAUUUGAAGUCAGGAAGUGUGAUGUCUUCAGCUUUUUGUUCUUGUUCAAAAUUGAUUUGGCUGUUCAGGGUCUUUUGUAGUUCCAUAUGAAUUUUAGGAUUGUUUUUCCAUUUUUGUAAAAAGUGCAAUUGAGAUUUUUUUAGGGUUUGCAUUGAAUCUGUAGAUUGCUUUAGGUAGUAUGGACACUUUGACAAUAUUAAUUCUUCCAGUCUGUGAACAUGAGAUGUCUUUCCACUUAUUUAUGUCUUUAUUCCAUUUAUUUAUAUCAUUUAUUUUGCUGAUUCCCGUAAAUUCCUUAAGUAUUUUAUUUUUGUUGCUAAAGUAAAUGUGAUUGCAUUCUGAAUUUCCCUUUCAGAUAGUUCAUUUUUGGUGCAUUGAGGUGCCAUAGAGUUUUACAUGUUAAUUCUGUGUCCUGAAACUUUACUGAAUUCAUUUAUUAGUUCUACCAGUUUGGGGAGUGUGUGUGGGGGGGGGAGGGGGUCUUUUGAGUUUUCUAUGUAUGUGAUCAUGGCAUGUAGAAAUAAUCUUACUUUCUCCUUUCUGACUUGGAAGCCCCUAUUUUUCCUGCCUGAUUGCUCUAUGACUUCCAGUACUAUGUUGAAUAACAGUGAUAAGAGUAAACAUCCAGCCAGGCAUGGUGGUGGCUCAUGCCUGUAAUUCUAGCACUUUGGGAGGCCAAGGCGGGCAGAUUGCCUGAUCUCAGGAGUUUGAGACCAGCCUGGGCAAUUCUGUGCAACGCUGUCUUUACUAAAAUACAAAAGAAAUUAGCCAGCCUUGGUGGUGGAUGUCUGUAGUCCCAGCUACUAGGGAGGCAGAGGUAGGAGAAUUGCUUGAACCUGGGAGGCAGAGAUUAUAGUGAGCCAAGAUCUCACCAUUGUACUCCAGCCUGGGUGACAGAGCAAGACUCUGUCUCUUUAAAAAAAAAAAAGUUAGCAUCCUUUCCUUGUUCUGGAUCUUAGAGGAAAGGCUUUCAGUCUUUCACCACUGAGCAUGAUGUUAGCUGUGGACAUUUCAGAAGUGACCUUUAUUGCAUUGAGUUCCCGUGGGAGCCAUGAAGCUGAACGAGAGAAGUGUGGCUCACUAUGCACUCAGCGACUCCCCAGCAGACCACAUGGGCUUCCUGCGCACCUGGGGGAGCCCAGGGACCCCACCAACUCCCAGUGGCACUGGCCGAAGAUACUGGUUUGUCCUCAAGGGCAACUUGCUGUUUUCCUUUGAGAGUCGCAAGGGCCGGGUCCCGCUGAGCCUGGUGGUGUUGGAAGGCUGCACAGUGGAACUGGCCGAGGCUCCCGUGCCCGAGGAGUUUGCCUUUGCCAUCUGCUUUGAUGCCCCCGGAGUGCACCCACACCUGCUUGCUGCAGAAGGGCCAGCAGCCCAGGAGGCGUGGGUGAAGGCACUGUCCCGGGCAAGCUUUGGCUACAUGCGCCUGGUGGUACGAGAGUUGGAGAGCCAGUUGCAGGACGCACGCCAGAGCCUGGCUUUGCAACACCACUCAUCCUGGAAGCCCACUGCCAGCUGCUGUAAGCCCCAGGCUCGUAACAACCGGUCUGUGGUCCUAGAGAAUGGCCACCCCCUCUCCAAGGACUGCAGCCCUGUGGGCUUGGUUGAAGAAGCAGGCAGCAGGUGUGCAGGACUGGGGUUGGCUGAGCGGGAGCUACAGGGCCCUGCUAGCCUCCUUCUCGGCAGGGGGCAGAGUCCUGUGUCCCCUGAGACCUCCAAUUUCUCUACCCUGCAUGACUGGUAUGGCCAGGAGAUCAUGAAACUGCAGCAGCAUUGGCAGCAGAGGGCCCAGGGGAGACAGCCAGAAUGUGAGGAACAGGAUAAGCCCUAAGCCCGGGCACUGUGAUUCAGGAAGCCAGUGCCAGUUCUUUUCCAGGAGCUAAAUGUUUACCCAUUUCCAAGGUUGCAUUUUGGGAGGUGACAUGGGUUCUCUUCUUCCUACUAUUUAGGCAUUCUCCAGGUUCCAGAUCUACCCGUGUGUCUGGAAGGGACUGAGGGACCAUUCCUUCCAUCCUUUUUAUUUCCUGAGGCCCAGGGAGGAAAGGGGCUUGAUCAGCUGCCACUGCGCCCGGCCGAAACUCCUGACUGCACUGGCCUGACUGCCCCACCCAGGGGAUAUUGAUGAAAUGGAGGAAGUGGGCAAUGUCACCUGAGAGUGUCAGUGUCACAGGCUUUCCUCACCUUUGACCUACAUGCCAGACUCUAGAGCCGUAAAUUCCAACCUGGGGAGUCUCCUGUGUUUAAAUCCGAGGUUGCCUGCACUAUUGGCUUGAGACUUUGACAUUCAUCGUCAGAGAAAGUGGAUUUACCAUGUCAUAGGAGUUUCUGGGACACAGCUCUUCCUGAGAAGGGUGGGAAGAUUGGGGAUGGAAUCCUCACUCAGCAAUUUGGGUAGGGCCCUUUGAGGCAGCAAGUCUUUGGCCAGUGAAGAUAAAUUUAUUUGCUAAGAAUUUGGGGCCCCAUCCUUUCUCUCUGGCUGCCCUGUUAACAGAUGGUGCUGGACCUUGCCCCAGGAAGGGCUAGUAGCUUUUUAUGUCAGCAAAAUGCCCUCCUGUACUCUGUCCUCAGUGGCCCUACUCUGUCCUCAGCAGCCAACUCCUGGAGCUGCCAAGUGAGGGGUUAAAGAAGAGGUGGGGAGGCAGUGUGGUUCCUGGGGAAGGUUGGUUGCUCUGGCUCAGUCCUGGGCAUUCCAGGAGCUUGGACACGGGAUUCCCAGUUUCCUGUGCUAAAACCUCUCCUGGCUGGGCUCCGGUAAAAGUGUUCUUGCAAGUGAAGCUGCUCAAGAAACCACCUGGGAACUCUCAUAGCCCUGUUUGUCACCUAGCGUGUACUUGCCAGGACCCCUCCUUGCUACUAUUCCCAGUAUCCAGCCUGUGUUUUCUUUUUCUUUUUUUUGGAGACAGUUUCGUUCUGCCGCCCAGGUUGGAAUGUAGUGGGGGCAAUCUCUGUUCACCGCAAGCUCCACCUCCUGGGUUCAAGCGAUUCUCCUGUCUCAGCCUCCCGAGUAGCUGGGAUUACAUGUGUCUACCACCACGCCUGGCUAAUUUUUGUAUUUUUAGUAGAGACGGGGGUUUCGCCUUGUUGGCCAAGCUGGUCUCGAACUCCUGACCUCAGGUGAUCCACCCAUCUCGGCUUUCCAAAGUGCUAGGAUUAUAGGCAUGAGCCACCGCACCGGCCCAAACGUGUUUAUUCUAUUGUUCUGGGAAGCAAAGUGCUGGGUCACCAGAGUCUGACCAGACUGACGCCUUAGGGGUGCGAUGGCAGAGGCUGGGCGGAAGCCGCAGAGCCCCAGAGGAGACACCCCCUCCCCCCCACACAAAACCUACCCUCCCUAGCCUCCGCUACCCUCACUGGGGCCUUGGGCAGCACCGACCGGCACCCAACUAGGCCUUAGGCAGAGGCUCACAGCCUCCCCCAGGAGCCUGAGAUGCACCCAGGGUGGGCGCCCGGCCUGUUCCCUAGCCCUGCCUGGGAGCCCCGCAGCCGCUGCACUUUGUUUUAUACACAGACAGCACGGGCCUUUCUUUCUUAUUGCUGCUUGGUACGCGGUUAAAACACUAGUAAAGCUUUUUCAUUAUUA